UUCUAGGCUAGCCAAGGGCCAAGGUGGCGGCAAGUCCGAGUUAUAAGGUGAGUUGAGUUCGCUCGCCCGAGUAAUCAAAAUUUGGGGCAAAAAAAGGAAGUUGGCCUUGUAUUAAGUUAAGAACAGUUAACAACCUUGAGGCACCUUGCUUUUUGUUGUUCCAUAAAUGGUGAUAAAGACCAGAGGGACCGAGCCGGGUCGGCGUUAAGUCUCCAGAUAAAAGUGGCCCACUAUGGCACGCCCACCAACCAACGUUACGCCACCACUGACGCACCUCCAGAGAGGGCCGUUACAAGCGCUUAGAGAGAGAAACAACCUGCGUUCAGAGAGAGAAAAACUGCAUUUUUAGAGAGAGAGAAAGGACCUCAAGGUGGAGUUAGAGAGAGAACAUAUAUUUGCAGGGAGAGGUAUUGUGCCUCUGGAGAUUGUUUAGGGCACGUAGAGAGAGAGAGAGGGGGGCAAUGGCGACGAGCAAGACAGAGCGGGAUUUCACGGACCAUUUCGAGGUCUACUUAGCCAAGAGAGAUGGAGUCGAUAAGCUCCUUAAGAUCUCAAGGUACGCCUCAAAAAUCGUCAUCUCCUCUGCAAUUUUACCUGAAAACUCACCUCUGAACCAGAGAUUGAAGAGCUUCGAAUCGAGCGUUGGGGUAAGCAGAAAAGCUUUCAGGUUGGGCAAAUUCAUCCAGGAUCUGAACGCUCUGAAGAAGGUUGCUUUCGAUUCUAGGGCUGGAAAAUUAGGGAUUGUAGCCUACGGCGGAGAAGGAAUCUACUAUUUUGUUGAGCAAUUCCUCUGGUUAUCGAAAGCGGGCCUCAUCAGUGGCCACUACUCGAAAAAUUUGCAGAAGGUUAGUGCCUGGGCUGAGUUUAUUGGCUAUAUUGGGAGCAUUUCCCUGAAAACCCUAGACUUGAAAGCCAUCAAUGAAGAGGAGUUAGGGUUAAGGGCUGCGCUGGAGGAGCUAAAAUUGCAGGGGAAAGAGUUCGAUGAAGAAGCCGAGAAGUUGCAGAGAUUGGAGGAGAAGAAAUUGAUGAAGAGGCUGUCUAUUGUUCAAGAUUUUGCCGAUGCUUUAAUGGCGCUUGGUGAUAUUAAAGAUGGAAGAGGGUUUUUGGCUAAGCCUGUUUUUGUAGCGUUUGCUGGUCUUUUGUCGGCCAUUAUUAGCACCCACAAGAACUGGGUUUCUUGCUAAAAUUGGGAAUUUUUUAGGGUUCUGAAUGCUGAACAUGGAGAUUUUUCUGGUUUUUUUUAUCCUUUUUUAGCUGUUUUUAUCAGGGUUCUUAUAUUGACAUGAAGAAUUUUACAGGUUUAUAGUGUAAUCUGGGGUCUCAACAAGAGGGGCCUUGGUGUCUUAGAUAUUUGUUUAAAUUAAUAAUAGCCCCCUUAUUUAUUUA